AUGAAAUUAACUGUGACAUUUUACUUGGCAAAGAAAGCUGUCUGGACUGCAGUGACACUUUCUUUUUGUGAGUCACCAACUUUAACUUCGUGUGAUUGUUUAGACCAAAUAUCAAUCAACUCAAGAUGUACAUCAAAAAUAGAUCGUUGUAAAUACCAGAAAUCUGAGAAGGGUGUUUCGACGUGUAUUACAUGUGUUGAUAAUUAUACUUUGAAUGAUGGUGAUAUGUGUGAACAACAGAGUGUGUAUGAGUUUUUGAGAAAUGGAGUUGUUUUUGGUUGCAAAACGGGAACGUAUUUGACAAAACAAAACACGUGCAACAGUUGUGGUACAUCAAAUGCAGUUUGUACAACUCAAAACAAGUUUUUGAAGU